UUCUCUGUUACUCUUUCUCCUUCACUUCCACCAUUUUUUUACCCCACUCUCUUAUUUAUGUACAUUCACAUUAUCUCUUAUUUAUAGCCUUUAACCACCUCUCAUUUCUUUUCUAAUUUCUCUCUACAUUUCUAAAGAUACUGAUUGUGCAGCCACCACCAAAAAAAAAAAAAAGGGAAGAAAAACAGUAAUGGCAUACGACAGGCUCCGACCAUCAGAAGAACCCGGAGGCUCUGGAAAUCCUAUGCAGCAACAACAAGAAGAACCCAGGGCUAAAAACAACAAAAAGAUUUUUAUUGUUUCAGUUAUUGCCCUGACUAUGAUAAUUGUCUCAGCUGUCUGUGCUGGGCUCGUAAUUGGACUCCGUGGAGGAGGCGCCGACCCAGUUGGAACUGCAAUCCGCCGUAAGCCCACCCAAGCCAUUUCCAAGACAUGUAGCAAAACUCGGUUCCCGAACCUCUGUGUCAACUCACUUCUCGAAUUCCCUGGCUCGCUCACUGCCAGUGGGCAAGACCUUGUCCACAUUUCCUUCAAUAUGACGUUGCAGCACUUCACUAAAGCUCUUUAUACGACCACGUCCAUCUCCUAUAUCCAGAUGGACCCACGUGUACGGUCGGCAUACGACGAUUGCCUCGAACUUCUGGAAGAUUCCAUCGACGCCCUCUCCCGUUCCCUCUCCUCUGUCAUUCCUUCUCAGGACGGAAAUAGUAAAGGCGGGUCCACUCAGGACGUGAUGACGUGGCUCAGCGCGGCGUUGACGAACCAGGACACGUGUACGGAGGGAUUUGAGGGAGUGAACGGGGCGGUGAAGGAUCAAGUUGCCGCGAAAUUGAAGGACUUGUCGGAACUCGUGAGUAACUGCUUGUCGAUUUUCGUGGCUAGUGGCGGCGACGAUUUCGCAGGAGUGCCGAUACAGAACAGGAGGUUGAUGGCGUCGGAUGACGAUGAGGAGAAUUUCCCGAAGUGGCUAGGGAAAAAAGAGAGGGAGCUGCUGAACACUCCCAUGUCGGCAAUCCAGGCUGACAUAAUCGUUUCGAAAGAUGGAAACGGCACCGUUAAGACGAUUUCUGAGGCGAUUAAAAAGGCGCCGGAGCAUAGUCCUCGUCGGAUCAUCAUUUAUGUGAGGGCAGGAAGGUACGAAGAGAAAAUUCUGAAGGUUGGGAGGAAGAAAAUAAAUUUGAUGUUUAUAGGUGAUGGCAUGGGUAAAACAAUCAUUUCAGGAGGAAAAAGUGUAUUUGACAACAUGACGACAUUUCACACUGCUGCCUUCGCUGCAACUGGGGCUGGUUUUGUUGCAAGAGACAUGACAUUUGAGAACUGGGCUGGACCAGCCAAGCACCAGGCAGUGGCUCUUCGGGUUGGGGCAGACCAUGCCGUGAUUUACAGGUGCAACAUUAUUGGAUACCAAGAUACCUUAUAUGUUCACUCCAAUCGCCAAUUCUACCGUGAAUGUGACAUUUACGGGACAGUGGAUUUCAUUUUUGGUAAUGCCGCUGUGGUACUCCAGAACUGUAGCAUUUACACUCGGAAGCCCAUGCCCCUGCAGAAGAACACUAUCACGGCCCAAAACCGAAAAGACCCGAAUCAAAAUACGGGCAUUUCGAUCCAUGCAUGUCGGAUCCUACCCACGUCGGAUCUCACGGCUGCCAAUGGCAGCUUCCAAACGUAUCUGGGCCGUCCAUGGAAGUUGUACUCUAGGGCUGUGUUCAUGUUAUCGUACAUGAGCGACCACAUUCACCCUAGUGGAUGGCUGGAGUGGAAUGCUACAUUUGCCUUGGAUACACUAUACUAUGGCGAAUACAUGAAUUACGGGCCAGGUGCGGCAGUUGCGCAACGGGUCAGAUGGCCUGGAUUUAGAGUUAUCACUUCAGAGAUUGAAGCAGCCAAAUUCACUGUGGCACAGUUUAUUUAUGGAACAUCUUGGUUACCAUCAACUGGGGUUGCUUUCUUGGCUGGCCUACAAGUUUAAAAUUAAAUGCUUUUUUACCCCUUUUUUAGUUUUUAAUUUUAUGAAAUCU